GCUAAUGCAUUCUAACAAGAAUUUAUGGUGCCAAAAAAAGACACCGAUGGUUAACCUAUACGUAUGGUAUCUUGUGUAUUAGGGGGUAUGUUGGGAAAAGACAUUCGCGAAAAAUAAUUGUAUUGCAAGCGCUAACAAGGUAUGCAGACGUGUAUAAAUACAAACGUGGGCGGCUAUUGGAGAGAAUAUGCCAUAGUCCUCUUCACCGUCUAUUUUCGACGAGAACAGGAAGACCGUCUCUUCUGCACGAUUAUCGUGGACAUGCUUUCGCGCAUGCUCCCCGAACGCGGUGGAAAGAGCUUUGUCGUCACGAAUACGCUCUUGUAUCCGUUGUAAAUACGAAUGCCGAAUGCUCGCUACCGAAAAUAAUCACGCGAGGACGUUGGUGCGAUUUCAGACCGCCUCUUCCGCGGAUGUCUUGACGCCGCCAAACGUAAAAAAUGCAUUCCCAACGUGAACCUUCGAGUUACUCGACGUGAUACUUACCAAUGAUCUUUUCGUUUCAUCGUCUUUGUGAUAACUAUCAUUUUUCUUAAACGAAUAAUCUUAGGACGAAAUAUGAUCGACCGUGUGUUUACGUCACGUUGGGUCAGUGAUAAAGGAUCGGCCGAGCAAGUUCCCAUUGAAGUGUAAAGAAAGAAUUGGAAAAGUGCAAAAAGCUCACCAGUGUCAUUCGAGAUUGAAAAUACAUCUGCUUCACCAGUGAUUAUUGUUUCACUUUAUAGUGCUGAUACAAAAUUUAGCUCAAAGACGGCUAGCCAUUGGAAUCUAUGUGAACACGAAACUUCGAUGCCUGAGGUAACUAAGGAUUUGUGCUACGCCUAUGAUAUCCAUGAAAAUAUGUAUUCUAAAGUUAGAUCACUCCGGCAUAUCUAGAGUAUUAAUAAUUCGAUUGACAAACUCGCGAGAGAAAAUAGCGUAAACUGCGAAUGUGAAACGCGCGUCCUGGGUAAAGCCAGCCAAAUGGCUAAUAAUGAGAAAGUCGUUGAUCAGAAUGGUCAAAGGGCCGAGAGAAUCCGUAAAUCGUGUGCGAGUCGCGUCAAUGAACAAAGAGCACUGUUUAAAACUAAACAGAGAGUGGAUGAAACUGAAUUACCUGCGCCGCCACCCGAUCCAUGGGCGAAUCCAUGGCGUCUACCAGGCUCACGGGAUCAAGUGGACGAAGCACAGUAUAGAAAUAUCGAUGAGGACGAGGAUCUAAUCGCUUACCUGACGGAUUUCGGGACGUUACCAUUCGAAGGUCAAAUGUCAGAGUGUCCUUCGAGAAAUUCUGCUAUGUCUGCAAUGGCUAUUUCAGGUAUCUACGCGGAGGACGCUUUCGAACAUUUGGAUCGCCUCUAUACUUUCGCUGAGCAAAUACUCGAGCUCAGAGAGCGGAAUUCGAAGUUUUUUAAACGCGUCAGGAAUUUAGAGCGACUGAAAGUGUUGCGGGAUGCCAAUCACAAGCUGGAGAGUGCUUUCUUGCGAGACAAGGAUGGAACGAUUAACGUAUGCGAAGAGGACACCGGAUUCGCCGAGUCCUUGUUGGACGCUAUGUUAUCGAACUGCAGGGAUUCUCCGCUUCAGAAACGGAAUAUACGAUCGUCGUCAAGGCAGGCGAGAAACAAGCUCGAUGUUGAAAAGCAAACCUCGGUAGAUGAAGUUUCUGGGAACGGACCAAAAGUUUCUAAAUGGACCAGGGUGAAAGCUGCUUUCAAGUGGGAACGAGCAUACACGAACGACACAGAGAUCGUGGAUUCUACUGUAACAACGAAUACGACACCAACGACAUCUGUAUCGACUCCGUUGAUCAAAUAUCAAAGGAUUCCAGAGGUUGAAAUCAAGGAAUCGAACAGUACCGCCACCUCAUCUCCUGUUAAUGAGACUUGUAACGCGGGAACUUCGUCUCCAUCUUCAUCCAAUGAAGGAUACUAUGAAUGCCCACAAAAAAAUACUUUAAAUUACUUAGAUUAUCAACCUUUAAAAAGAAAAGCCAAUAAGAAAACUGAAUAUACAAAUUGGCAUAACGAAUCUCCGGAUGAUAAUAUUCUUAUAUUGGAUGCCAUAAGAGGCAACGAAACAGGAAUGGUAAACGAGGUCAGUCAAGGAAAGCCAUUAAUUCGAAUCACAUCGGAGAAAAAUCACGCGACCCUGUCGAACAGGCUAGACGAAAAGGAUACAGAAUCAACAUCAAAGAGAUCAACUCCAACUUUAACGAUCGCGAUACCAUCUCACGAGGAUGACAUCAGAUACACGUCUUCCCCUGAAUCAAAUUCGCCACUCUUUUUCAACGCAAACAUCUCUGCUGGUAACUCUCCCCAACAGAGGAAAACAUACAGAGAUCUGUCGAUUAAUAAGGAUUUUAAACGCCAGCGAUCUUACGGUGGAGAGUCGGUAAUUCUCACGUCGAAAAUGCAGAGGCAAGACUCCAAAUGGAACAAGGUUAGGCGGGCAUUCUUAACAAACUCGACUCCAAGCUGUCCAUCGAGUCUCUUCAACAUCGUUACCAGACAGAUUCUUUUUCAAGAUGGACUUGAAUCAUCAAUGAAUUGCAAUUACAACGACAGUGUGGAAAAUAUUGAGAAGACGACACCAUUGAGCGCGCAAGUGGACACGCGACAGAGUUACCGCAGCCUUAGAGAGAGACUAGGUACCGAGUUUCAGCAGAAACUCGUCGAGUGGGAGCGUUUAAAAAAUUUUCCACCUCGUACAGCUAAUAAGGAUAUUCGAGAAAUGUCGUCUAGUUUACCAAGUCCUCGAGAAAACUUGCUAUCCGAGGAGAGAUUGGCGCCCGAGUUUAGGAAGAAGUUGCAAGACUGGAAGAGGGCAAAGAAAAUGCGUAGAGGCAGUGCUCCGUUUGAGCAACAAAGGCUCAAUCGACGUCGUCUGACCGAUUGGCAACUUUGGAGAUCUCCUUUGAAAAGCGAAUAUAGAACCAAAGAAGUUAUAGCUCCGCAUGUCGGCAAUGAGAGUGGAGAAAUGGUCAGUGAUGGAAAACCGCAGGUUAGCGAAGAUCCUGCGCGAAAAAUCGAAGCUUCGAAGAGAGGGAACGAGACUACUGGUAGUCAUGAUGCAAAGUAUCCGAUACGAUCGAAAUCUAGUCAACUUGGGAUUGCAUCUGGAAUUGAUGAAACUGAAUUUUUCGCCUUGGAAAGGUUACUGUCACUUUUUAAUAAUAACGCGACUAAAGGACGACGCGGGAGCGAUGUUCAGCAGUUAGACGAGUGUUUCGACGGGGAUGCAAGGCCAUUUGUUGAUGGACCACAAAAUCUAAAUGAUGCCAAAGAGGUUUUCGUUCGUACAUCAGUUGGAUCCUACCGAUUUGAAGGUAUUUCUCGAGAGUUCACGAGGAAGCUAUACGACUGGGAACGUCAUCGUGGUAUAUCACCUACAUCUUCAACUUUUCGUCUCUUAGGACCCGCUUAUAUACCAUUUCUAAGACAGACAACUAUCGAAACAUCACCGGAUGAUUCAACCAUGACAAAAGUUAGAAGCGACGAACCGGUAUUGUUCAAAGUUAGCUCUUUGAAGAGAUCGAAAUCUGUUGGCAGCAUGGUCGGGAAAACUGUUCAAAAUGAAUUUUUUGCUCGUCGGUCGAAUAGUCUGCAGUCGUUGGAUCAGCGUAGAUUGAAGAAUGCUGAUUGUAUCGGUGCGUUGCCCGAAUCUAUCGAUUAUCAAAGAACAGAAGAUAUAACAGAUGAUAUUAUGGAUGAUUCCGAACCGGAAGCGAUGAUUGUUGACAUCGAGGAUGUUAUCGAGGAAACCGCGAGUCCCCUAGAAAGGGUGCAACCACACCAAACACCUGUAUACUCGGUUGCAGCGAGUGAAACGACCAGUAUUGCUGUACCCCUUGGGACAGUUACAUCUAGUCAUGAACCUUCUCCAGUAUAUUUGAUCGAAGUCGAAGAAAAUUUGGAUUCUAAGCACUGGGAAUCGAAAAAGUGGAACCAGAGAAAGAGUAUUUCUAGCGAAGACAGUUUAAGUAUAGAACAAUCAGAACCGAUGAAAUUUGGGAAUAAUGAAAAAAUUUCUUCGAGUAAUGUAGAUUUAAUUCAUUGGUCUCCUGCGAGCUCAUCAGGCAAAACAGCGGCAUCUGAUAUUAAAGAUAAUGUUGAUAUCCUGGAUCAAGAAUUAGACAAAGAUCCUACGAAAUCAAACAGUUUGACUUAUUCAAUGGAGAUUGCUUCAGAACCAAACAUUAAGAAAGAAGAAAAGAAAAUAGAAGUCCAUUAUGAUGCUAAUUUCGAGAGGAUGGAUGUUCCUGUAACAUCGUUAGAAGAUAAUAUUGAAAGGAGCAUGAAAGAACACUUGCCCGAUGUGCAAUCAAAAGUAGCGACCAGUCGGUACAACCAGAAGUUAUCGAGCGAGAAGACACACGCGCAAGGGUGCGAUAACGAAGGAGUGGGAAAGGAUGAGAACAGCUAUGAUGGAAAAGAUGCUACCGGUACUACGAUUAAGUUCGACAAUGAAUACGAAGAAGUAAACAUGGCCACCAGCAGUACUCCAUGUUGUUCUUUAACAACUAUCCAGACAGUGCCAAAUUAUAACGAAGAAACAACAAAAUAUUUACCACAAACAUCAGCUGCUUGUAAAUUAGAUAAAGCCAAGCCUAUCACAAGUGACGUAGAUCUUAUUUAUGCCGAUCGAGAAGAUGUAAAAGUAAGGAAAGUAAAGGAAAAUUAUAGCAUAAUCAGAGAGGAAUCAGACGAUACCUGUCACGAUUUACCAACAAUGAAAUUAGAUCAAAAUCACCACAAAUCAUGCAAAUCGUGCAUCGAUUAUCUAAGAUGCGAAGAACAAAAUAAUCAUUCAAAAGAGAACACGACGAAUGCACAAUCAGAAAGAAAUGAAUGUGAAGAACAUCAUGAAAAUCUUUCAUCUUGGAUAACUUACACUGGAAAUUCCUAUAUGCGCGAAUGUCAUCGGGAACCUACUAUACUAACAACUGCUUAUAAAGUGGCGCCUUGUCGCGAUGAGCGUUGUUUUAACAGAAUUGUCAUUAACGAGGAAACUUUAAACAAGAUAGUCGUACCUACAGCCAGUACAAGCUGUUUGGAAAAUGUAAGAACCUCGAAACCACCUAUGGAAUGUACGACUGAGAAUUUUACAAAUGAGCUCCGUCGACAAUCAAGUAAUGAUCGUGAAGUCUCGACUGAUCGGGAAGCGAGUGUCAAGAAGCAAAGUUCCAAUUCACCGACUCGAAAUGUUUUUUAAGAGCACUCGGCCGGUAAGAAAGAAAGCAGUAUCAUCGACGAGGAUCACGUUGUUCCAAUGAAAAGUAAGAGCAAAUCCAGAUCAGGAUCUCCUAAAGUGAACCGACAAGAUGCACUCUUGAGGAUGUCUCUCUCAUUACCAUGGCCUCUCCGGUCAUCUUCCAAAGAUCGGGAGAUGAAAGAUACGAAGGUUGACAUAAACGACAAAGGAGAACAAACAUCAAUCGAGAAGCAAAACUUCGAGCGAUGUAAAUCUGUGGAGAGUUCGAGGAAACCAUCGAUCAGUGAAAGCAACGUUUUUCAAACGCAGAUAAAGCAGGAAUCCUGUAUCUUCCGAGACAGAAAUUCGUCGAUUGAACUGCCAAAGGAAGAUGGAGCAUUCAAUCGUUCUGUCGAACGAAAGAGUCAACGAAGUAAUGUAUCUGCUCAAACUAUACAGAACGAACAACAGAAUCAAGCUUCUUUCAGAAUCAGCUUGCCCAGUUUAAAAGCAGAAGAGAAAAUAAAGGAAACGACGUCUUCCACGAAAUUCGAUCCACAGUCAUCCGACCUCAUUCAUAAAUUGACGAUCUUGUCUAACGUAGUAGCGCGACGAGACGGUCGAACGAACACGAUCUCUGAGGACACGUCCCUGGAAUCUCAUUCGUUGAGAGUACGACGCGCCAAAGAAGACUUUUUAUCUCGUCGUGGUGGUCCUCUUUGUAAUUCUGUUCUGGAGCCCUCAUCGACGAAGUAUGAAGUUUCUCCAAGAAUGUUCCCCCAUUAUUAUGAACAAAUUUCGGAAAAUCAAGAACAAACAAAAGAAAAGAGCUUACCGAAGGUAAAUCAUAUUAACUGUGCUUUGAAUUCUUUGUCAGAUAAGAUAUCAAAUACUCUUGAUGCAUUAGAAGAGGCAAAUAAAGAGAAAAAUGUGGAACAGUUUGUAAACGAAUACAAUGCUAACGAAUUGUCGAAUAACUCGGUUGUUUCUCGUCCUGAUCGUGUGAAGUCUGCUAGUGCUGGGAUGAUAAACGUGGAUCCAGAUACUUUUGUGCGUCUGACGGAAGCCAGUCGGGGAUGCGAGUCUCUCCCAAGAUCGAUCUGGAAGCAGCAACAGUCUUUGGGCUCAUUUGCGAAAAUCGUUAGUAAAUUUAAGUUCGCACGAUUAAUACGUGGCAAGGAUAUACAGGAAGAGAACAUGAGUACGAUUUCUAAAUUAUGCAGACAGAGUUUAUUGAUCGAUGUUCGAAACGAUUUCGAGAAAUGGGAAUCCAACGAUCGAGAAAAGGUUACUACAGUGGUUAAUACUGAAGAGAUUAAGAAGAAUGGAUGAUUAAGAUUUUUAAAUUGGAUUCGCGAAUUACUUAAUAACGUUACUGAUAGUUGUGGUAUUGAAAAGCUGUAGGAUUUCUAAUCAUUACUAUACAGUGAAUGUUAGACACGAUUUAGAAGAAACAAAGCGUCAUAACGUUACCACAUGACCCUAUUCAUAUGUAUUUGGACAUAUGUGAGAAAAUGUGAAUUUGCAAUAUUAGAUUACGACGAAUCUAUAUGUUAAAUAUUAUAGUAAACAACAUUGUCCAACAAAUUUUCACUUUCUCUCAAAUCUGUAAUAUCCAUUGGGUAACUCUUGCAGAGCUUACCUUCCUGAAUACGAAUCAGCAAACGAAAUUGAUCUAUUAUACUCAGUUUUCGAAAAAUAUAAGUUUUUCAAAGAACGCGCGAUUUUUGGCUGAAGUGAAAGAUUAGAUAAAAACUAAAAAAAUUAGGAUGUUCAUUCUUAUCUU